GCCGUCCCUGCACAGCUGACAUACACAUACCAGAACAUCUACAGUAACAGCUGUCUACAGGACUGAAAAUUUGUUUCCAAGCUGUGCAUAGAAAACAGGAACUUCCAAGAUGUCGCAAGUUCCUCCAGUCAAGAAAUGGAUCACCUUUGUGACUGGAGUGUUGGAGUGCCUUCUGUUUGGUGGACUCAUUUUUGGCUGGGCUUCGCUCGUCAUCGUCCUCAAGUCAGAAAACUUCUUCAGUUCGAACUGUCCUUCUGCCGUCAACGGCCAAGAAAACGGCUUUUCGAACAGCAGCGUUAAUAUGGCGGUGACGCUGGUCAUAUUUUCAAACGAGACUCAAUUCACAACGCUUUCGCCAAAAGGAUUGUCGAACGCGUCUGACGUUGACUCCUGUGCCGCCCCGAGUGUCGGGUGCACGUAUCAGGACGAACAGUUGUCGCUCGUGUUCACGAUAGCGAGUGCGUGCCUCAGCUUUAUGGCGCUUCCCAACGGUAUCCUGUAUGACAAGUUUGGAACCAGGAAAACCAGGAUAGUGGCAAGUGUGACGUACGCCAUCGCUAUGCUGAUGACAGCCUUCACAACAGUAGCAUCAUCUGAGAUGCUGUUUGCCUCCAUGUGCAUUAUGGCUGCCUCUGGAGGAUAUCUGCUCAUCACCAACAUGCAGAUUGGAAACCUGUUUGGAGACAAGCGAUCCACUGUCAUCACUCUGGUGAACGGAGCCUUCGACUCUUCUUCCUUUGUGUUCCUUGUUGUCCUGAAAAUCUACGAGGGCGGCGUGAGUUUCAAGGUCAUUUUCCUGUUCUUCUCUGUGGCGACGUCCUUGCUGCUGUUGCGUUCGCUCUUCCUGCUGCCGAACAAACAGUUCCCCUGGCCCCUCCCGCAGGACUACAACUACGGCAUCUGCAGGGGCAAGAACACCGGCAGGAGACCCCCGGGUGAUGUAGAACUGAACCAUAAUAACCAUGAUGCAGGGGAACUGCAGCAGGAGGCCUUAAUGUCAAAUGGAAAUGCACAGCAAACUGAAGAAGAUGAGGAGGAAGAGAUCAGCACACCCGAGUUGUACUACCCUACCUUUAAGAAGGGACUGAAGUCUGGCAUGUUCUACACACACAUCUUCUGGUUCUCCGUCAUCCAGCUCAGGAACUACUUCUUCAUGGGAACCUUUAACCCCUGGAUGACCAAGCUGGCUGAUUCCAAUGGUUGUGUAGUCAUUAGAUACACAGAGGCUUUUGCCAUCACGCAGCUCUUCGGGGUCUUCUGCGCCCCCAUGAACGGACUGAUCAUGGACACGUACCGCAAAUACGUCACCAAGAAAAUGGUGCAGGACAAGCAAGCAGGUAGGAACCAUGUUUGUGUUGAGUCAGCCUACACGAAAGCUAGUUUGGACCUGCGGUCCUGUGUGGUUGCCUUUAGCCUGACCACGUUUCUGGGAGUGCUAUUCUCCGUAUGUGUGGUCAUACCAGUCCUACCCAUCCAGUACCUAUCCUUCGUUCUACAAGUCAUACUUAGGUCCUUCCUGUACGGUGGAAAUGCUACCUUUUUUGCAGUAGGUUAUCCCCCUCGCCACUUUGGUAAGAUGUUUGGUGCGGACAUGUUCAUAGGCGGGGUGUUCAGCUGUUUCCAGUACCCCCUCUUCAUUCUAACCCAGGACGUAUUCCAGGGAAACCCUAUGCCAUACCUCUACCCUCCACGACACUUUGGUAAGAUGUUAGGAUCAAACUAUGGCGUCGGAGGCGUCAUUCUCAUCCUGCAGUUCCCACUGUUCAUGUUGACUGUUGACACGUUCGGAGGCAAUGCUACACCAGUAAACAUCAUCCUAUUGGUGCUGACGGCUCUCACCGUCAUCCACCCUGUGUACCUGUACUUCCACUGUAAGUGGCUCGACCAGCAGUAUCGCGAGAACGGGCCGAAGACGGUGAAGAAACCGCGCCGAAUGGAGGAUGAAAACCUCCUUGUGGUCGACCAAGUUUCAACCAUAUAGAAAAUUUGAUCCGUC